GUGUUUGCUAACGCUAACAUGGCGGAGCUGCGGAUGGACCAGCUGCCCACAGACCCGCUGCUGCACGUGCUGUCCUACCUCAGCUACCGCGACCUGAGCCGCUGCAGUGUGGUCAGCAGGAGGCUGAACGAGCUCUCCAGACACAGCCCUCUGUGGAAGUCGCUGUGUUCCAAACACUGGCUGCUGACAGAUGCACAACGGCAGCAGAGCGGCCUCUCCUGGUACUCUCUGUUCAGGCAGUACUACUCGGACCUGGGCCGGUACAUCCGGUUCUACCCGGUGCUGAAGAGCUGCUGGGAGCAGAUCAAGGCCUACCUGAAGGAGAGGUGUCCACGGAUGAUCACUUCACUGAAAGAUGGCGCCACGGAGGCGGAGCUGAACGACAUCGAGGCUCUGAUUGGUUGCAGGCUCCCGGACGAUUACCGCUGCUCUUAUCGCAUCCACAAUGGCCAGAUCCUGGUCAUCCCAGGGCUGAUGGGCAGCAUGUCUCUGUCCAACCACUACCGCUCGGAGGUGCUGCUGGACGUGGAGACGGCGGCGGGCGGCUUCCAGCAGAGGAAGGGGAUGCGAGGCUGCCUGCCGCUCACGUUCUGCUUCCACACGGGUCUCAGUCAGUACAUGGCUCUGGAGCCGGCCGAGGGCCGCCGCUGCUUCGAGAGCUUCUACCCCUGUCCCGAUCAGAUGGCUCAGGACCCUUCAGCCAUCGACAUGUUCAUCACAGGCUCGUGCUUCCUGGAGUGGUUCACCACGUACGUCCAGAACGUAGUGAGUGGAGAGUUUCCCAUCAUCAGAGACCAGAUCUUCAGAUACGUCCACGAUAAAAGCUGCGUGGCGACCACCGGGGACAUCACCGUCUCUGUAUCGACGUCCUUCCUGCCCGAGCUGUCCUCCGUCCACCCGCCACACUUCUUCUUCACCUACCGCAUCAGGAUAGAAAUGUCAAGCAGUGCCUUGCCGGACGCCGCCUGCCAGCUGGACAGCCGCUACUGGAAAAUCACGACCUCCGACGGGAACGUGGAGGAGGUUCAGGGUCCCGGCGUCGUCGGAGAAUUCCCCGUCAUGACGCCUGGGAAGGUGCAUGAGUACGCCAGCUGCACCACCUUCUCCACGCCGUCCGAGUACAUGGAGGGACAUUACACUUUCCACCGGCUGGCCAACAAGGAGGAGGUUUUUCAGGUGACCAUCCCGCGCUUCCACAUGGUGUGUCCGCCCUUCAGAGAGCCGCCAGCCCCGACGCAGAAAACGGGGACGCCUCGGUUGGACGAUGAUGACAGCGACGACUUCUGCAACAGAGAUGGCGACAGCGACGACUUGGGCAGCCUGCGGGGAAUCAACAUGGCGGCUCUGGAGGGGGCGUGGUGUCCUCGGCACAUAUGACCUCUGACAGGGAGCAAGGCAUUGUGGGACCUGAGCCAAACAAAACUGCUUCAGCUUUCUGCUCAGUGGACCAGACGGUACAUUUUUAAAGACCUGGAAGUUGGCCGUAUGGACGAUCAUCGUAUGACAGAGGAGCAGGAUGAAAAUGCUGAGCGUCUCUUCUUAGAUGUGCAGAAUUUCAGAUUUUUGAAAGAAAACCAAAACAGCUGUUAUAACUUUGUGUAAGAACAAUGUCAUAUUCCCACUUUCCACCAUAAGAUGGCGCAGUGAGUCACUGUCAAGUUUAUUGUGAAAACCCUAACCCUGGAUGAAGCUGAAGAACAGAUGGACGGUUUGAGGAACUCCCUGAAGCAGGUGGUGCAGGUGACAUGCGAGACUCACUGGAAGGAAGAGAUGGGCCAAAAACUCCGACCGACUUCAAGCUGCAUGCCCGAGAUCACCUGGACACGACGUUCUAUGAACCGUGAACGUGCAGACUGAGGACCAACUGGAUACUACUGUGAUUUAGCAUCACUAAAGAAGAGUUAAAAUGGCACAUUUGCCUUAUGUUUUGUUUCUUCUGCAACAUCUUCAGUGAGAAGUGAGAAAAAUCCAAUUAUUGUUCAGUUUUUUUUUUGUUUUGUUUUUUGCUUAACUGCUUCUCUGCCACCUGUAGACUGAAACUAAUGUUCUGGGGGGGAAAUCAAUGAACAUUGACAGUUUGACAGCUUAAAGCUUGUUUAGGUGGACAGAUAAAAGCUUCCCAGCCUGGUCUGAUUCUGCUUUCUCUAACCUCUGGUGGAUAAACCGGCUUUGACAGUUGUCAGUGAAAAAUGGGGUUGAUGUGUGGUUUCAGGGUGAAUUCUAAAGAAAAAAUCUCCAUGUAUGAUUUCAUGCAGCGGCCGCAUUUGAGCUCCUGACAUAUUUUUCGUUUUCCCACUUAGUUAAGAAAACACACCAGAUUUUCUAUUUCUCCUUGUUAAGGUGUUAAGGUGGUAAAAUAGCUGCUGGAGCAGAAAACAAACAGCUUUUACCAUCAUGCUGAGUGGGCGGGGCUUCCUUUUAUAUGAAGUGUUUGUGGCUCGUGUGUGUCUCAGCAGAUUUUCUGUUUCUUAGUGGUUUGGUUUGUAUGUUUGGAGGAAAAUAAAACUGACUUGGAGUGUCAUA